AUGUCAAAUCAUUUUAAUGAAGGCCUUCAGGGCAAGUCAUAUAAGUUUCGGUCUAAGCCCCCGAUAGACCCCACCAAAGAAGAAGACGUUAUUGACAAAUUUCUGAACCUAAAUUCAUAUACCCCUGUUCAGGAAGGCUCUCCGGAAGGUUUUCCUAACUCACAGCAACUGGACCCUGGAACUAACAUGCAACACUCGAGUUCGUUCGAUGGCUUGCAACCGACACCGUCCUCGAAAAAACCAGCUUUCCUGGAUGAAAGCUCGAUGUUCUUAUCAAGCAACUCAGAAUCUUACUCUAAUCAGGCCUCCAAUAACUCCUAUAAUUUUAUCGGGUCCAGCCAAGACUUCCCCACUGUUCCAUCUCUCGAGACUCCCCCACAACAACCAUAUAUCCAUUUUGAAGAUGCCAUAUCUGACAAUAAAUCGCCGACUUCAGCUGAAUCGACAGCUCCUCUCAUACAGAUAGACAAGGCAUUUGCCGAGUAUAUCUCGCUACAAUCGGAGAUGACCGAGUUUCCACAGCCGACGACAAUGGACAGAUACUCAUCCAACCAGUUCGAAAGAGACGUGACACAGUACAAUACGAACCCCAGCUUUUUUCUGCAACCGCAGGCAGCCGGGCAGUAUAUUCAAACAGAGUCGAGCACGGGCUCCGACCUUUCCGCUUCUAACUCUCCGUAUUUGUCAGCAGUUGAAUCGAUUGUCAGUGGAGAUUUGAACGAGCGAGGAGAUGAUCUCGAGGGUCUUCAAAUGUCAGAGGACAUAAGGCAGUUGUCUCUUUCCGCAAUUGCCACACCAAACAUAAACCUCACAGAACAUAAUUUAAGAGAGCAAGAACGAAUCUCGUCAGCUCCUCCAAUUGUUAUCGAAAAUCCAGAGAAUUUGGCGAAAAGGACACCAUCCCUAUUCUCGGCUUCCUCUUCAAGAGCUUCUUCCCCUAACAGAUCCGGGUCUGGAAGUUACACCGGUGGUCCACAUAUUACAAGUGGAGACCAUUCUUUCACCCCAGAAAUUUCCAUCAAGGUGGAAGACACCUCGAAUCCCCAUACAGUUGACAGUUCAAGUUAUAGUACUCCGGAUCAUGAAAAGCUGUACACUGGCAACUACUUGCAGGCUGAUGACGCCGUCAAGUAG